CGCGCCAAACGAACGACAUGUCGCAUCCAACAGCAGUCAAUAGGUCAUUGUUUGCGAGCCAUGGAAGGUGGUCAAUGGCACAUUUCAACAUCUCGGGCAGGAUGUCAGCUGUCAGCUCCGCCGCCAUGACCGGCCGAUCACUCCCUCUACUGUGCCGUGGCCUCACCUACGCCGCGGUCGCUAGACCAUCCGUAUCGACAUCAGCAUCAUGCUCCGCGCGUUUUGCGUUCCGCCAGUCCAUUCAACAAUACCGUUGCAGUCUGCGGUACCACAUUACCGUGAGCUCCUCAACCAGGUGGCUGAAGGGAAAGGAGAAUUCGCAGGCCCCGGAAACGGGAACAUCUCUCGCGCAGGAUAUCAAUGGUGCAGACCAGAAAUCAAGCAUCAUUGGCGACAAGGUCCGCUCCUUGACACCACGCGAGCAGAUUUAUAACAUCCCGAAUAUCCUCACCGCAUCCCGCUUGAUCGCUGCGCCUUUUGUUGGAUAUCUGGUGUUGCACGAGCAGCACAAAUGGGCUCUCGCUCUUUUCGCAUAUGCAGGUAUCACUGACUUGGUCGAUGGAUGGAUUGCCCGCAAGUACAAGCUGCAGACUGUUGUCGGUAGUGUCAUCGAUCCUAUGGCCGACAAAUUCUUGAUGACCAUUCUGACUGUCACUUUGUCUAUGAACGGCCUCUUGCCGGUAUCUCUGGCAACCCUCAUCCUGGGACGUGAUGUGUCCCUUGCAGUGGCUGCUCUCUAUUGGAGAUAUGCAUCUCUGCCAGCGCCAAAGACUUUUAAGCGCUACUGGGACUUCUCACUGCCAUCUGCCGAGGUGCAUCCUACAACCAUGAGCAAGUACAACACUUUCCUACAACUGCUGCUGAUCGGCGCUACCUUGGCAUAUCCUGUCAUCACAGCCGACAACCACCAUCUAGGUGUGAUGCACGAUGUUGGUCUUGAGAAACUCGACCUCGCUCAGUUCAUGACCUACUUCCAGAUCCUGGUGGCUGGAACCACAGCAUGGAGUGGACUCAGUUAUGCAUUCCUCAAGGAUGCCGUCAAGAUACUGGGCAAGGAUGAGCAGCUGAAGCUUAAGCAGGGAAGAAGAGGUAGAGCAAUCAUCGGCGUCACUUUUGGCAGUGUCGUUGUCACUGCCGCAUACUUGGCCUUGACCAAGGAUCUGCCAAAGAAAAAGGAAGAGGGAAUCAUUGCU